AUGUUCCCCUUGCCCGGUCUGCCCAUGUUCACUCCGGAACAGGUGGCCCGCGUAUGCGAGAACCUGGAGGAUACGGGUGACAUGGAGCGCCUGGGCCGCUUCCUUUGGUCUCUGCCCUCUGCCAUGCCCGGCUCGGCUACGGAUGCCCUCAAUCGGCAUGAGUCUGUGAUGCGUGCUAGGGCUCUGGUGGCCUUUCACAGUGGAAAUUUCGAGGCUCUGUAUCAGAUCCUGCAGAGCCACCGCUUCACACGUGAAUCACACGCGAAACUACAGGCGCUCUGGCUGGACGCGCAUUACAGAGAAGCCGAGAGACUGCGGGGGCGCCCCCUUGGGCCAGUAGAGAAAUACCGCAUCCGCAAGAAGUUCCCACUGCCGCGGACAAUCUGGGACGGCGAACAGAAGACCCACUGCUUUAAGGAAAGAACUCGCAGCCUGCUCCGUGAAUGGUAUCUGCAGGAUCCAUAUCCUAACCCUUCCCGGAAACGGCACCUAGCUCAAGCAACCGGGCUGACUCCAACACAGGUGGGCAACUGGUUCAAAAAUCGUCGCCAGCGGGAUCGAGCAGCCUCUGCUAAGAACAGACUUCAACAGAAUGCCAGCCUUGUCUCUUCCAGUGUUUCUCUUGACUGCUCCAACCGUGACUGCCAUCCACAUCUCCAGACGGGUUCUCCUUCCCAUCCAGGAAGUCCUGAGACCAGCGACUGCAGCAUGAGCACUGAACAAAGAGAAACGUCCACCCCUGACAUCUCUGUGUGCAGCGACAGUGACUUUGAACCCUGAUUUUGAUAUCUGCCAAUAAUGCUCAGCUCAAGAUUCCAGCACUAUCAAACACUGAAGAAGGAUCUUGGCUUUUGGUUUUUAAGUUUGCUUCACUCUGUCAUAAUCAGACUUGCAUUUAUAUAGCGCCUUCUUCCAUAUGGGAUCUUAAAAGAAACUGACACACCAAUAUGUAGCCACCUCAGAGGUGGAUUGUGGUGGUCACAUUGUGCCUGCACAUAACACACCCAAAUUAUGUUUUACUGCUUUAAUAUAAAAUAAGUACAAGUUGACAGGCCGUGCCUCUAGUGUAAUAGUGAAGGAUUUCUGACCAAGCUUCCUUAAAAGAGGGAAAGGAUCAUAAACUGGGAAAUAUACCAGCCUAUAGAAUGAACUGUGACUAUGUUCUGAAGCACACUACUGCACACAAUCAAAAUAAUGGCUGCUGCUGAAAGAUCCCAGUGAGGCAACAUGAAAAUAAACUGAGCCCUUAAUUUAACGAAACAUACAUUUUUUUUUUCAAAAA